AAAUUUUAACAUCUGCCAUCUAGAACUGGGUCAGUUCUCAAACUACAAGGUUGCGUAGCACGUUUAAGCGAAAAAGAAAAAAAAUAUGACGGGCUGUAUGAAAAUCCAUAAUACAUUGUCUCUUAUCCAUCAGGAACACUGCACCUGUUAAUAAAUCAAUUGGCCAAUUGAUAAAUCACUUGUAGGUGAGUCAAGUUUAUUUUUAUAGCGCUUUUAACAAUAGACAUUGCCGCAAAACAGCUUUACAGAAAUGUAAAGACUUUAAACAUGAGCUAAUUUUAUCCCUAAUUUAUCCCCAAUGAGCAAGCCUGUGGUGACGGUGGCAAGGAAAAACUCCCUCAGACGACAUGAGGACUCAAAAGGGAACCCAUCCUCAUUUGGUGUGCGUUACAGAAUGAGUCAGAGGCCCAGCCUGAGGAAACACCUCCUCACUCUUCUCAUGACCCAAUUCCUAUGGAGCUAAAUGAGGUGUGUGAUGCGGAAACCACUGAAGAAUGCCCUCCUGUUUCCAAGAAAUCAAAGGUAUUAGAGGACCUGUUUGGCGACUCCUUCUGCACUGAGGACCAAAAUGUCAGAGACAAAACAUCCAAAGAGCUAGUCCAUGAUGAAAUUAGGAAGUACAGAGAUGUUGCAUCUUUGAAUCUAGAUGGUAAGGUGUUAGACUGGUGGAGAGCUCACCAGGCUGAGUUUCCUCUCCUUGCAGACCUGGCCAAGACUUACUUAUGCAUUCCUGGUACAAGUGUACCAUCAGAACGUGUAUUUAGUACAGCAGGGGACAUCAUGCACUCAGAGCGUAGUGUACUGUCUUCUGAGCAUGUGGACCAGUUGAUUUUCUUGAAGAAAAAUCUGUCAAGGAGCACCACUGAGAGUAUUGAACUGUAGAGGUCAGCCUCCUUGUUUUUGGUUGUUUUGCCAUUAAUGGACUGUAGGCUUAUGUCCUAGACUUGUGUUACUUUUGAUUCUUACUGCACUUAAACUGGUUUUGUUGAGUAACCGUUCUAUUUGCAAGGCCCCUGCUAUAGCUCAAGCCAUGUGUGACCACUAUUACCUCAUUCUUCUAAAAUGCAAAUGAAUUUUUAUUUUAUAGUGAAUGGGCUGUAGGCUUAUGUCCUAGACUUUUGUUACUUCUUGUUAUUAUUGCACUUUGACUCAUUUUGUGGAGUAACUGUUCUAUUUGCAGUUCACCUACUGCAGAGGAUGUGUGACCAUUACCUCUUAAUAAAAUGCAAAUGAUUUUUCAAAAUGUAACCAAGAAAAGUGCAGGGUUGAUGUACUUGAACUGUAGACUGUAGAGGUCAGUCUUUGUUUUGUUGUCUUUUUUUAACAGUGAAUAGGCUAAUUGGCCAUACUACACCUGCACAGUAAGCACUAGACUUUAUUUUGUUCUUAUUACAAUUUAUC